GUGCAUCCACCCGCUGUCAAUUCUCCCAUGGCAGAACUGUAUCCGUCCAUUGCGCAGUGCGCUGUUGUGGCUACAGCGCUCAAGGUGCUGCUAUUUCCUGCUUACAAGUCGACCGACUUCGAAGUUCAUCGCAACUGGCUCGCUCUAACGCAUUCCCUGCCCAUUAAACAGUGGUACUAUGAAAGAACCUCAGAAUGGACUCUAGACUAUCCGCCCUUUUUCGCCUACUUUGAGUGGCUUAUGUCUCAAGCCGCUGCAUAUGUCGACCCGGGUCUACUAAACGUCAAAGAUCUGGGAUAUGACAGCUGGCAGACUAUAUACUUUCAGCGUACUACAGUCAUCGUUACCGAGCUUGUCUUGGUAUACGCUUUGCAUCUCUACGUGAAGACAUCAAAGUCCAAGGUGACUGCCCAUGCCGCUGCACUCUCCGUCUUGCUGUCUCCAGGACUCCUAAUCAUCGACCACAUCCACUUUCAGUACAAUGGCUUCCUCUACGGCAUUCUUGUACUGUCUAUGGUCCUGGCCCGGAACAACUCGACACUCUUAUUGUCUGGUCUGCUCUUUGCAGCUCUUCUGUGCCUCAAGCACAUAUACUUGUACCUCGCACCUGCUUACUUCGUUUACCUUUUGCGCGCUUACUGCUUAGGACAGCGGUCGUCCUUCCCGUACUUUACUAUUCGGUUCUUCAACUGCGUCAAGUUGGGAGUAGGUAUCGUUGCUGUCUUCGCAGCCGCGUUCGGUCCAUUCGCGAUAUGGGAGCAGAUACCGCAAGUGUUCAGUCGCUUGUUCCCAUUCUCGCGGGGUCUAUGUCAUGCGUACUGGGCGCCAAACGUCUGGGCGAUGUAUUCGUUCUCUGAUCGAGUUUUGAUUUACCUUGCCCCGCGUCUUGGGUUACGCGUUGAUCAAGAGGCAGUGAACAGUGUCACUCGAGGUCUUGUUGGGGACACGUCCUUCGCGGUGCUACCAGAUAUUAGCCCUUUGAUCUGCUUUCUUCUUACACUUGGCACACAGAUACCUGUUCUCUUCCGCCUCCUAUACAAACCCACCUGGGAGGCCUUUAUAGGUGCUGUGACGCUUUGCGGCUAUGCAUCUUUCUUGUUCGGCUGGCAUGUUCAUGAGAAGGCGAUCCUGCUCGUCAUAAUCCCAUUCAGUCUGAUAGCACUCCAGGAUCGCAGAUACUUCGGCGCUUUCCGACCCCUAGCUGUCGCCGGUCACGUAUCGCUUUUUCCUCUACUGUACACGGCAGCUGAGUUUCCUGUGAAGACAGUCUACACUAUCUUCUGGCUUGUACUCUUCCUUAUCGCGUUCGAUAGGCUAGCUCCUGCUUCGCCCAAACCCAGGAUCUUCUUGCUUGAUCGCUUCUCUCUUCUCUAUAUCGCUCUUUCAAUUCCACUGAUUGCAUACUGCUCUUUGGUUCUCUACAAGCGCAAGCCCGUCAAACACGAAUCCCUACCCAAGAACCUCGACGACAGCACUGAGGUGUGGCAUAUCGAACAGACUGGAGAGGUCUUCACAGACUAUGAGCGAUUCCUUGAGCGAUAUGACUUUUAUCAGCAACGGAGCUUUACAUGCCAGGCCACUGGCCAUUCAGGCUACACGUAUUUCGAGGCCCAGGAGAGCGAGGUAGGCUCCACGUCAAUACUCGUCAAGGCCGAUGAGGAGGUAACAUCCGUGCAGACGGAAGCCACCAAGGAGAUCAACAGCAUUUUCCCAGAUGGCUUGAGGUCUCCUGUUCUUCACUAUGUCCAGUUCCAAGAUCAUCAUCGGAUGGAUGAUUUGGUAAAUGAUGUCUACGAUCAUUUCAAGGAACAGUUCAUGUUGGGCGAUCGGGUUUCCGUCGAAGGCGAUCACUCACGCCGCUUCGGCAAGAUCACUGAAAUCACGGACAAUAGCCGAUUACACAGCAUGUUUACUGGUCAAUCGAUGGACGAUAGCAUCCGUUCUUACACCUACGUUGUCACUAUGGAAGACGGGGGUGAAACUGUCACCAAAUACAAGGCCUCGGAACUUCAGCGGGAUCGAAAAACCUACUCCAAGCUCAUCUUGAAAGCUUUUCUGCGCAAUGCGCUCAAGCGCGAGUCGUGGAUCGGUGCGCCAUGGAUGGUCAAGGACAGUUUAGCAAAGCGAUACGACAUCCCAACCAAACUUCCUGACAAGAAGACUAGAGACGCUCUACUAGCCGCUAAGCGGGCUGCGAAUGCUGUACCGAACGGUGUGACCCAACCUGUUCAACAGCAAUAUCCACAGCAGCUGCCAAACGGUCAUGGCCCACAUAUGAAUGGUCACAGACAGCCUUUGCCACCAGGGCAAGGUCAGCCAGCCUUUGUCAACUUCUCGGCCAGCGGCCCUCCACCCUAUGCGCAGCAGCAAGGCGUCAUGCCUCCAUGGGCAGCUGCUAAUGCUACUAAUCGCCCGGCAUAUUUUAUCAACGGUCCUCCAAUUUACAAUAGUGGACCUCCGCCGAUUGCGAAUGUUCAGCCACCACCACACAUCUUGGCUCAGCUGCAGCCUCACCUUGCUGCGCAAUUAAUGCAGAUGCCUCCCCAUGGUCAUGGCCCGCCCAUCAACUUUCCGUUCCAGACCAGCUUCAAUCACCAUCAAGGUCCCCGUCCGACAAAUGUUCCGCAGCCUCAACAGGCACCUCCGCCGCCCCGUCCAGUGGAGUAUAUUAAAUAUCCAUGCGAAGAUCUAGAGAUCAAGCAACCUCGUCUUCAAGUCAACCGGCCGCCGCUUAAGUUCUUCUCCGACGACGUACCCGAAGGAGUUGAGCCGCCUGCAGAACAGAAAAAGACGGGUAUCUUGAUGAAGAGUAUCGGCCCAUUACUCUGUAUUUGGGAGACUCUCAACGUUCACGACACCAUCUACAUGCUAGACUCGUUCACUUUCGAUGACUUUGUUGAUGCUAUGCGAUUCACGCAUGAGACUGUCGAGUGUGAGUUGUUUGUAGAAAUGCAUUGUGCAAUUCUAAAGCAGAUCGUCAACGGCUCUGGUAAGAUUCAGACCAACCUACCCAACCUAGCCGAUGAAGAUUCGUCAGACGAAGAGUCGAGUGAGGAGUCAACGCCUACCCCUGAGCCUGAACCGCCAGUCCGAACUACUCGUAGUAGCUUGAGGAAGUCGGGCGCAGCGCAACUUGUGGUCAAGCCACGCACACCAACGCCUGAGCCUCCAAAGGAACUCCACAAGGCUGAGGAGUUCGUCACUGACUUCGACUGGGUUGAGCAGUGUAAGAUUCGCAAUUUCGCUGAUGGAGGAUGGCAAGCAAUCGUUGUCGCAAUCAUUUAUCGCCUAUCAUUCGACUCUGCUAGAAAGGAAGCUUGCGAUGAAGUUCUUGCUGAGCUGUGCCCACCUGAGGAGGAGCCUACCAUGGCCACCAUUGCCAGUAACUACACUACGCUUGAUGUGAACCUACGCAUCUCGGCACUUGAAAUGAUUCUAAGCUUGACUGUCGUCACUGAGAACUUCCGCGAUCAGCUUGUUGCUGCCGCUCAGGAGAUGACACGCCUGCGCAAGGAAAAGAUUGAGUAUCAACGUAAACGUAAGGAGCUGGCCGAUGAGCUAUUCAAGUUGGACUUGGAGCGCAAGAUUCAUCUUCCAGCAAACACACCCGCCUCGCCUACGGAUACCAAGAUGACCGAAGAUGCUGACGUGUCUAUGACUAGUGUCAAUGAUGCUUCCAAGGAAGCAGAUGCUGAAACAAAUGGUGGCGACGAGGUGACAGCAUCGAAGGGCAGAACCCGCCCAGCUAAUAAGAACAAGCGCAAGGCAGCUGCUGAGGAGGCUCGUAAAGAGAAAGCCAAGAAGGCUAAGGCGGAAGCAGAGAAGACCAAGAAGCAGAAGGAGUGGGAGAAGCUACUGCAGGCGAUCGAGAAGAAGAAGGAUGAACUCAAAGAUUGCGAGGACAACAUCAAUGAACUCGACGAUGAUCUGCGCGAGACUCUGGUACACCGUAGCAAGAUUCUUGGCAAGGACCGGUUCUUGAACAAGUACUACUGGUUCGAGCACAACGGCAUGCCCUUCGGCGGUGUUCCUAACAGCUCUACUGCCGAAUACGGAUAUGCCAAUGGUCGCAUCUGGGUACAGGGACCGAGCGAACAUGAACUUGGACCGAACCUAGAAGAGCCUGCCCUCUCCCAAGAUAUGCAGCGUUUUGGCUACACUGUUCCGCAGCGCAAAGAGCGAGAAGAAGGCCCGACCCACCUAUCGAACUCCAACCAGUGGGCAUACUACGACGAUCCAGAAGACAUCGACAAGCUGCUUGUGUGGCUCGACGAGCGAGGUCACCGAGAGCGUGUUUUGCGUAAGGAGCUACAAGCGUUCCGUGACCGUAUCGCUGAGUACAUGCUCAAGAUGCGGAAGCACCUAGAAGAUUCCAACAAGCCCCAGGAAGAGGAAGAGGAUGACAACAAGACUCGAGUGUCGACGCGCAAUAAGACCAACGCCGAUAAGGAUGUUCCCAAGGAUCGCUGCUUGCUCUGGACCAACAGCAUCAUGCGUGAGGAGUUCGGACAUAACCAUGUCGAAGAGUACGAACCACCGAAGAAGGGCAAGGCGAAGACAGUGAAGGCAACCAAGGCUAAGGGCCGAGGACGCUAACGCAGUCUCUUGGUGCCACAAGCUCACACAAGAGGCGAAGCAUAACGGAGACGACCACCGGCUUGCUCUAAACCACGGCCACAGAUCACUACAUAUGAGCUUACGGGGCAGCAAUGCCUCAAAAGCUCGCCAGCUCAGAGGAGCUACAGAAAAGAGUUGAGAUACCGGAGCAUAUUCACGAAUGAUGAUUCAGCAUAUUUUGGCGAUUUACGGAGUUUCGAUACCAUGAGCAUAGGCACUCAAAGUACAUUAUCGUGCAUUUCCAGGCGUUCGGAGAGGUGCGUAGCCGACUGUCACUGCGGUGAGGUGGCUCGCUGGGAGGUUUGAUUCAGCAGAAUCUCAAAUAACUGACUGCGGCCGGUCCUUUGUGAGUGUCCGUGUUUGGCGAUUUGCCGAACUUGAUAUCCAAAUGCUGUUUCCAGCAGGAGCAUCUUGAGUAAAUGUGUAGCACUUAGCAUGUAUUAUAAGCGUAUUGUUAAUACAGUUGAAAAUGCC